AUGGCGUCUGCAGACCUGAAAGCUGAGCUGAGCUGCUCCAUCUGCCUGACCACUUACACAGACCCUGUAUCCCUGAGAUGUGGCCACAUCUUCUGCCGGGACUGUAUUGUGAGUGCACUGGAUACACAGAAGGGUUCUGGGGGCUAUUCCUGUCCGGAGUGCAGGGCAGAGUAUCAGGAACGCCCAGCACUGGAGAAGAACAGGAAGCUGAGUAACAUUGUGGAACGUUUCCUAUGUAGUCACCCAGAGCCGGAGGAGACCCCGAUCUUCUGUACUUACUGUGACUCUCCUGUGCCGGCUACUAAAACAUGUCUGCAGUGUGACGCUUCAUUUUGUGACAAACACUUGAGCAAACACAGUAAAUCUGCUGAACAUGUUUUAACUGAACCCACUAUGUCCCUUGAGGCAAAAAAAUGCUCCAUACACAAGGAGACAGUGAAGUAUUACUGCUCUGAGGACUCAGCGGCUAUCUGUACGUCUUGCUGGGUGGCUGGAGACCACCAGGAGCACCACGUGGAGCUUCUGAAUAUGGUCUUUGAGAGGAAAAAAGAGACACUGAGAUCUGUCACUGAGACCCUGAAGUCUGAGAGAGAGGAAACUGAGAGGAGAGUGCAGCGUCUGCAGGAUCACAGGAGAGAGGAGAGGGAGAAAGCCGCUGGUGUCACUAAGAGAGUCACUGAUCUGUUUAGAGACAUCAGGGAGAAGUUAGACACCCUGGAGAGGGAGGUCCUGGGUGAGAUCAUCAGGCAGGAAGAGCAGAUGUCACUCUCAGUCUCUGAUCUGAUCACACAGCUGGAGACACAGAAGGAUGAGAUGUCCAGGAAGAUUAGUAGCAUUGAGGAGAUAUGUAACAUGACUGAUCCAUUAACUGUCCUGAAGGAGGAACCAGAGAGUGAUGUCAUUAGUCACAGGAGCUGUGAUGUCACCAGUGAUGUAAGAGUUGCUGGAUGUGUGAAUGAGGGAAUAAUAUCACAGAUAUUACACAGGGGACUUUUACACUUGUCCGAUAAUCUGAUGGAUCUACAGACAAAGAGACAGCUCUCAGUUAUGGAGAAAUCAGACAUAUUACUGGAUAUAAAGACAGCCUCUGGUUACAUUAUUAUAUCAGGGGAUCGCAGAUCUGCUUCUGGUACUGAUGUAUAUAAGCAGAGACCAGAUGGACCAGAGAGGUUUAUAGUCCGGCAGGUGUUAAGCUCCUCUAGCUUCUCAUCUGGGAGACAUUACUGGGAAGUGGAUGUAAGUGCAGCAGAGAAAUGGCUGAUAGGGGUGGCCGUUCAGAGUAUAGAGAGAAAGAUAAAGGGUAAUGAAUCAUUUAUUGGUUUUAAUGACAAGUCAUGGGGUCUGUACUUUGUUGACAACCCUGUAACAUGUCAUAACAGUAUAUGUAAUAAUAUCGAAAUAAGACCAGGUUCUCGUAUGCAGACAGUAGGGAUAUACCUGGACUAUGAGGCCGGGCGUCUGUCCUUCUAUCAGCUGUGUGACCCCAUCAGACACUUACACACCUUCUCCGCCACCUUCACUGAGCCCCUGCACACUGCAUUCUUUGUGUAUGACAAAUGCUGCAUCAAAAUCAUAAAGUAAAUAGUGUAACAAGGAGAUUAUUUGAAAGAAAUCAUAAAAUAUAUUAUCUUACUGUGGAAAAUGAAUGACUGAAUAUUACUACAGGUUGAGUAUCCCAUAUCCAAAUAUUCCGAAAUACGGACUUUUUUGAGCGAGAGUGUGAUAGUGAAACAUUUGUUUUUGAUGGCUCAAUGUACACAAACUUUGUUUAAUACACAAAGUUAUUAAAAAUAUUGUAUUAAAUGACCUUUAGGCUGUGUGUUUAAGGUGUAUAUGAAACAUAAAUGCAUUCUGUGCUUAGACACCAUGAUAUCCCAUUAUGCUAUGCAAUUAUUCCAAAAUACGGAAAAAUCCCAUAUCCAAAAUACCUCUGGUCCCGAGCGUUUUGGAUAAGGGAUACUCAACCUGUAAUGUAUUUCUUUGGAUCAUUAUUUAUUCUUUCCUAUUAAAAUGAACAUUAUUACUUUCCUGAUCAAUCAAAGACAAACCAAAUACUAUUGUAGAGGUGAGAUCUAUACUGUAUAAUUAAUGUGUGCUCAUCAAACAGUAACUUCCAUCCAUAACUUUUGGAUUGACUAAGUUAUAACAACAUAUAAAGUUCCCUAUAACUGGGGUGCAGAGUUCCCCUGAUCCGCAGACUCCAGCGGUCAGUGAUCCGGUGCUGGUCUGUUCUCUGCUAGUAAGGAGGGUCUGUGCCAGGCAGACAGUGCUGGUGGUGAUGCCGCCCUCUGUAGGAUAAAAAGAUAUAUUAAAAUGUUGUUACAUAACAGCACAGUAAUGAAAUAUAUUAAUACAUAGUCAAUGAAUACAUGCAUAAAAAUGAAAUGUGUUUAUUAAAGAUGAAUGAAAUAAAGAAA